CUAAAUCAGGCGUUUCUCACACUCUAGAGCAUUUCGUAGUCAUUUGGUCUUUUCCUACUUAGUCAAACUUUGUCAAACUUACUGGUACGUGCCUGCUCAAUACACAAAAUUUUUUGGUGUUGGCCGUAACACUUCUAACAACUACACUAUGGUGGACGCACUACUUUUUACCUAAAAGUUAUAAGUACGUCUUGUAUUAUAUGUCAAGAGUCUGAAAAUGGAUAGUUCUACAUAUGUUAUUUUGAAUAGUGAUAAAUAUGUAUAUGUUUUAUGGCAAUAUUUUUAUGUCAAAAAUGCAAUCGAGAGACAACCGGGUCACUUUUCUCAGUGGUUUUUGGAACUUCGUGAAAUCAGCUGUUAUUAUUAAAUUUACUGCAAACUGUAUGUCGGUGUCCUUUUUGAGUCUUGCAAAUAUUGCGGCACUGUGGGAACCAAGCCUAAAUAUACAUACAGUGUUCCAAUAAAGUCUUCGCACAGCACCUAGUUAAAAGUUUAUUGAUAAAAUCAGCCACACGUUGCAAAAGUUUUUAAAUUUUUUUUAAUAAAUAUUUGUUUAUGACACAUUUUAUUUUAUAUAAAUUGAAAAAUAAACCCUGUAUGUAUAAAUAUUCAUUGUCAAACAAAGAGUAAAGAAACAUAUGUAAAUAUAAACAACACAUUUUAAGAAACAAAUAUAUUUCAAUUAUGACACACAUACGCUGGUGCAUUCGCCACUUGGCGAAUAUUCAAUGCACUCGCGUCGAAUGGCCAACGCUCUCACACAAGCUCAUGAGUGCUAUCUCCACCACUAUCGGCACUCUCAGUCCGAUUAGCACUACAGCUGGUGGUGGUUGUUGCUACGACAAUGACCAAGUGACGGUGCCAAUAGUCAGUUGUUCAGUAAGCGCCGAUUUUUUAAGACGUGUGUGUGACAUUACGCUUGCUCAUCGCACAACUAUCCGAAAUAAUAGAGUGUGCAAAGAGAUAGUUUUAUACGGUUUAGGUACGACAAUACAAAACAAAAAGAAAAUGAAUAACGACACCGACAAAAACAUGAAUAUUUGCCAGCUGCCAGAAGCUUUAUCAACAACAACAAGCGGACAAGAGACAACAAAGGUGAAACCAAUGAAAUCAGUGCGUAUUGUAAUUAUUGGCGCCGGCUCUGCUGGUAUAGCUGCAGCCACAAAGCUCUUACAGUCGGGAUUCGAAAAUGUUCUGUUGCUGGAGGCUGAAAAUCGUUAUGGUGGACGCGUACAUACGAUAUCUUUUGCGGACAAUGUCGUCGAUUUGGGUGCACAAUGGUGUCACGGUGAAAAGGGUAAUGUCAUCUUUGAGACGGUGCGCGAUUUGGAUAUGCUACAGCCAACAGGUGACAUAUACGAUGACUACAAAUGCGUGCGUUCCAACAAGGAACUACUAUCCGAAACAGUCGAAAAUACGCUAAAGUCGGUCGCCUUUAAUUUGACACCCGCACGUCAGGAGGGCUUGAAGGGUUUCGAAGGUUCCUUAGGCACAUAUCUUACAGAGGCAUUUUGGCGCGAUUUACAACAGUCACCGGAGAUUGAUAAGACUGUGGCGCGUGAAUUUUUCGAAAACUACAAAAAAUUCGAAAGUUCAAUAGAAGCCUCAGAUCACCUUUUCGAAGUUUCCGGCGUAGGUCAUCUCGAAUAUUGGGUAUGUGAAGGAGAUCUACUGCUAAACUGGAAAGAUAAAGGCUUUCGCAGUUUUCUGCGCUUACUAAUGAAGGCAAAGAAGGAUGAAGCAGCUGCGGACGAUAUGGGACUGCUAAACAAACGCAUACAAUUCAAUGCGCGCGUUCAAAACAUUGAAUGGCAAACGAAAAGCGGUGAUGUGCGCAUACGCCUUUGGAACGGUGAAUUAAUCGACGCGGAUCAUGUCAUCUGCACCGUAUCAUUGGGUGUGCUCAAAGAAAACCAUAAAGAAAUGUUUACACCUGCGCUACCGCCAGCUAAAUGCCGCGCCAUUGACGGCCUCAAAUUGGGCACAGUCGACAAAUUUUUCCUAGAAUUUGCUGAACCUUUCGCACCAGUCGAUUGGUCGGGCUUCGCUUUUCUUUGGCGCGACGAAGACUUGGCGGAGCUGCGUAACUCUGAGUACUUUUGGUUGGAGAGCGUUUUUGGCUUUUAUCGUGUCUCCUGCCAGCCGCGCAUACUCCAAGGUUGGAUAAUUGGACCACAUGCGCGUCACAUGGAAACUCUCCCCGAAGCUGAGGUACUUAAGGCAUUGCUUUGGCUCUUCAAGAAAUUCUUCACAUUUGAAGUGCCGCCACCGUUGAGAUUUCUACGCACACGCUGGUACACUAAUCCCAAUUUCCGCGGUAGUUACACAUUUCGUUCCGUGUAUGCCGACGAGCUGCGUACAGGUGGUUGGGAUAUAGCCGCACCGCUUACUGCUGCCACAGACGGUAAACCGUUGUUACAAUUCGCUGGCGAAGCGACGCAUACACAUUUCUACUCGACAGUGCACGGCGCGGUGGAGAGUGGUUGGCGGGAAGCGCAGCGCUUGAUUACCUACUAUCUGCGACGCACUUCACAACUAUGAACAGCGUUGCGAAGGCGGAUGUCAUGGCAAUAUUACGAAAAUCUACGGCGAUAGCUUAAUGAGUAGAAAAGAUUAUGUGCAUAAUUUGCUCACUAUCUUGUUUUGUUUUAUUAUACUAUGUGCUAGUAUGUGUACCAGAGAAGCUGAUAAAAUACUGCACUUGUGUAGCUAUUUGAUAUUGAAAAUAAAAUAAGUACUAAGUUAAUAAGUACCUAUUAUAUUACUGUUUUUUUUUUUACGGCUACAUUGAUUUGAGUCCAUUAUCUACGGAGCGGUAGUCGCUUUUACUUGUUGAACAUUCUCCAAAAAUUAAAAAGAUAAACCAAAGUUAGAAAAAUGCUGAGUCGUAUAUCUGGUACAAGUUAGAUAUAAGUUAUACAUAUCAAAGUGAUCAGGACGGCUCGGCGAGUUAAGUUCCGAAUGUCUAUCCAUUCGUCUGUCCGUGCAAUGGACAAAUUAAGUAAAAAUUGAGAUAUCGUGAUGAAACUUGGUACACAACUUACUAAGUAGAUUGGUGGAAUCAGACCUUUAACACGCCCACAAAGUGCCGUUAAUCGCAUAAAGCCCUAUAACUAAGCCGCAAAAUAAGAUUUAAAAUUUGAGUUUGGUCUAGGGCAUUGUUGAAUGGAGCAGCAUCGGUGACUCAACAUUUUUUUAAGUGGACGCGACCCGCCACCUAUUAGUUUUAAAGUACAUAUUUCAUAUACCACUAAAGUUAAAACUACUAAACUUGCUGAAAACUAGUUCUUGCUCUUCCUCAUACACUAUGGAAAUGGACCGACCCCUCAUAUCACAGUUAUGUUGUAACUACUUAACGAUAACUCACUAACUAAGUACGUCAGAAGCAUUAAAUUUCACACCAGAGAUGCUGCAUAGUGUACAGUGGGCGUGGCACCACCCACUUUUGGAUAAAACUUCAUAUCUCAGAAACUACCAAACCAAUUUCAGCCAAAGUUAAUGAUUUUGAUUUUAUUGAUUUGAUUUGAAAAUGGACGAAGUCGGACUACAACUACGCAUUUUUCUCAUAUGUCAAAAUUUAAAUUCCAUCUUAUUCUUUACACUAUAUAAAUAUAGCAUCAAUUUAGUUAGCAAAAUAAGUCUUUGAACCUAUAGUGUAUUCAAGGUUGAAAAUCUUUUAAUUUCUUUAUCAAAAAAUUACCGAAAUCAGACUAUAAAAGGGGACUAUAAAAUGUCAAGGCCCCAGAUACUGAAUUAAAUGACUUCUGUGAAUAAAACUGGCUUUAUACCGAAAAAGUCGAUCAAUCUAUGAGAUAUAUUAUUGAAACUCUCUAUUUUCAUGAUUGUAUGCUCCUGUGUCAAAAAUUAAUAAAAUUGAGCCAAUACCUGCCACUUAGAUUUUUGAACUUUCAUUAUACCAUAUAUAUCGAUCAGUAUGUAAAUUAUUUUAAUGAAAUUCAAUUCUUUUUAAUAACGGUGUGUCCUCUGUACCGCUCUUUUGACUUUUUGGCACAGUUCAACUAUCGCUUUAGCCUAGAACUAGUUUCCGACUAGGAUAUGCAAUUUUUUUUUUUUAAUAGCGACUGAUCUUUGUUUAACUUAUGCAAAAGUCGAAGUACGUGUCUACUAUGACAGAGCCUCUCAUAAAAUCAGAUAGUUCCUCGUAGUUGACUAAAAACUUGUAUAUCCCUCUCCACCGAACAACAUCAAGAAGCACAGCAAAAAAUCUAACAUUUGACUUUCUGCAUAGAAUAAAGUUUUAUUUGCUAGAAUGCGACGUUACUAUUUUCGAAAUUUUCUUACUAUAUACAUAUUCCCAACCAACAUCUAGUACGAAUCUAUAUAUAACCAAAUACAAGAAUAGAGUACAAUACAGAAGAGUUAACUGAUGUAUAUACAAAAAAAUAUUACAAUUAAAAUAUAGAUCACCAAACCAACUCACAGCCCAAAAAAGUUAAUAUAUAGAUUAAAACAAACAAGAACAACAAAACGAGCACAACAAACUCAAACCUUCGCCGAUUAAUUCAAUUUCUAGUCAUCAAUCACAUCAUCUCCUUAGUGCAAACAAACAAUGCGUCGUACAUCAAGUGUGUGCCGCGUCAGUCAUCCCACUUCCCAUCCCACAUCUAUACCAGCAGGCAGCUCAUCAACUGCCACAAAAAUGCCAAUAAAUGCACGCGCACAAAGCGAUGACACUGAUCCGCAUGACAGCGCUGACAUACCGCGGCGUGAGUCCCUGCACAAGCCCACAUGGCAAUACAAUAUCCCCGGGCAGUCACAACCGAGCACAGAUGCCACGAAUGCGCCCAGCAAAAGCAUAAAUGUCACAUCAGACUCAGACGAUGAAGAUGAUGAGUAUCUGCGGCGCCCAAGUAUCGUUAAACAUCAUCACUACUAUCAGGAGAAGGAAGUGCAGCAGCAGUUGCAGUUACCCACGAAACCGUUACAACAAUUGCGACGUACCAGUCUACAUGGCGGCGUUUGUUUCAAAAGCACCAAGAAUAGCGGUAACACAAAAAUUGCGCGACACCACACCAUAGCAAGCGCUGAUUUAAAACCGACUGCCGACAGUAAUUUAACUGCGCGGCGCAGGAGUAGUUUGACACAUUCGACACAGUCAUUCGGAUCGAUGAUGCACAAUACUGGGGAACUAUCAAGGACUGGCAAUGCUCACGAUACAACUGCUGCAUGCCACAACUUUUCCAGAUCUAUGGAUGGUGCAACAUUUUGUAGACAGGCUGGGCGUGCGUUAAUGCAAAUGGUUUCGUUGGGUACACAGCCGAAUGUCCAAGCGGCGCCGACAACUAGCAACGUCAAGACCUAUGCUAUAGGUGAGGAGGAAUACGACAUUAUGGGAAAGGUUAUUAUGUUGGGCGACUCUGGUGUUGGAAAAACUUGUCUCCUGAUUCGAUUUUAUGAUGGAAAAUACAUGCCACACUACUAUAUAACUACAGUAGGCAUUGAUUAUCGGGUAAGAAACGGCUCUGGCAACUGUCAUCAGGGCUGGUGUGAAAUGGACAAAACUGUUGCACGCGUGUCUUUCUUAACUUUGGUAACAAAGUUGUGGUUGUGGAUGGCACACGCGUCAAAUUGCAAAUUUGGGACACAGCUGGUCAGGAGCGUUUUCGCAGCGUCACACAUACCUAUUAUCGCGAUGCCCACGCACUUCUACUUUUAUAUGACGUCACCAAUAAAACCACUUACGACAACAUUCGCGCUUGGCUGGGCGAGAUCAGAGAUUAUACUCAGGACGAUGUUGUGAUUGUGCUUAUUGGUAACAAGGCGGACUGCAGCAAUAGUGAACGACAAGUGAAACGUGAGGAUGGCGAACGUCUAGCACGUGAGCACAAUGUCCCCUUUAUGGAAACAUCAGCAAAAACAGGAUUGAAUGUAGAACUUGCUUUCUCCGCUGUGGCUAGGCAAUUGAAGUGUCGCGGCACCUUCAAUGGCGAUGAUGGCAAAUUCAAUGUUCACGAAUACGUACGCGAUAAUACACAAGCACGCACAAUGUGUGCUCAGUGCAAAUCGAUGUAGACAUAGUAGAACUGGGAAUUAUCACAAAUACACCCAUACAUAAUUACUUGCCAAAAAAAAUUAUAAAUUUGAAAAAAAAAACUGAAACAAUUAAAUGUAUAAACUAA